CUAAGUUGCUUUCAGACUUGGAGUCAAGUAAAGCGAGAGAAACAGACUUCAGGAGGCAUGGCUGAUGGAAAGAGAAACAAAAAACCAUUAAAGCAUAUUGAGACAACGCUAAAGGAAGUGUUCAACGUUGGUUUGGAUAAAUUUCUGGAAAAGAAUAUAGAGAAGUUGAAGGAAGAUGACAAAAAGGAAUUUAGUGAAGCUCAAGCUGAAGGAGACAUUGAAAAGAAAGCUAAGAUGCUGGGAAAAUAUUUGUUUUGGCAAAACUUAACUGAAAACGUGCUUAAAGUUGAUGACCUGGAUGUCAAGGAUGUGAAGCCACAUUCUUCUGGUGCUUCAAAAUAUCAGGAAUUGCCAGAUAAGCCUAUCAACACACUCAAGAUUUGUCCUCCUGAACAUUUCAGAAGACAAAAGGAGAAUGAAGAAAAGAUAUACCCAGUGAAUAAGGAAGGUUGUAAGCGGUUCGCCCUCAUCAUCUGUAACAUCGAAUUUAAAAAGUAUACUGAGAGGAAUGGGGCUGAGGUAGACAUUAAAGGGAUGGAAGACCUUCUGACAGAUCUAGGAUACAUUGUGGAUGUCCGAAGGAACCUCACAUCUUUGGAAAUGGAGUCAGAACUGAGGAAAUUUGCCCUCCUAGAACACGCAUCAUCUGAUAGCACUUUUGUUGUGUUGAUGUCUCAUGGUAUUCUGGAUGCUAUUUGUGGGAAAAAUCAUGAGAAGGAGAAACCCGAUGUGCUUCCUUAUGACACCAUAUUCAGCAUUCUAAACACCAAGAAUUGUCCAAAUCUGAAAGAUAAACCCAAGGUUAUCAUAAUCCAGGCUUGUCGUGGGGCGCAAAGCGGGAAAGUGUUGAUGAGUGACUCCCCAGAAAUCUCUAAGGAAAGUGAAAAUAAUCCAGAAUUGUUUGAGGAAGAUGCGCUCUUUGAGACCCAUAUAGAAAAAGACUUCAUUUCUUUCUUCUCUUCAACUCCAAAUACUGUUUCUUGGAGAGAUCGUGAACAAGGUUCCCUCUUCAUUGUAAAACUCAUCGAUCAUAUGCGAAAGCAUUCUAGGUGUUGCCACAUAGUAGAAAUCUUCCAAAAGGUUCAGAGAGCAUUUGAUAGCGCACAUGUUAAGCACCAGAUGCCCACCAUUGAAAGGAUGACCCUGACAAAAAAUUUCUACCUCUUUCCAAGUAAUUAAACCUAGAAAAUCCAAGUAACUGGGACCUUGCAAAUCCAUUUAUUUCUGAAGAACAUUUUCUUAUGCAACUGAGAAAAGGGAAGAAAAGGAUUUAUUGGAAAUAUGUAUAUAUGUUUGCAUAUAUAUAUAUGUGUGUGGUUAUAAAUAUAGUAUCUGAUAAAUGUCUCAUAUCCAAGGUAUAUAUAAAUAAAAGAAAAAUAUAUGAGACCAAGAAAUCAUUCCCCUAUGGAUAAUGGUUAAGUAAUAUGAGCAAGCUGUUCCUCGAAAAGAAACUUAAACUAUCCAAAGACACAAGAAAAAUUAUUCAAAUCACCAAUAUAAUAAAUACAAAACAAAAAACCUUGUGA